CAGUUGUCUUUUAACUACCUAGACGGGAGCGGCGAGCAAUGGCCGAUUGAAAGUCUCGCCACCGUUGAUAUCACUCGACGGCAUACGUGUUCCAUUAUUGUGUUCCAACAGGAAUUAAUUCUUCCCGUGUUUUAUUAUAUACAGUAAGAGUUAAAAAAUUUAAUACGUUGUGGUUUUAUGAAUAGUGUAACAGUUUAAUGUGUAGGUGUUCGUGAAUUCGUCGGACUCUAGUUUCGUAUGAAACCAUUGAACUACUAAUGACGUCGGCAACUAUGCGACCGAUCGCCGAUCGUGCAUCGAUAUCGAGCCGCAGAAGACUCGCUGAUUCCGAUACAGAAGUUCCACUACUUUAUUUAUCUACUUAGAUAAUCAGUUUUUUAGUGCUUUUACAAGGAAAAAAAUAUAUAUUUUGUAAUAUUCGUUUACAAGUGCUAUUUAUUAACACACAUUGUGAUGUGACAGUGCUUCGUGCAGUGCAAUAAAUUAAACCAGUUGAUUUGUGAGAUCCGGUUUCGAACGGUUCGAAGCGGUUUGGGCCGGUUUAUAUUUGGGCCCGAUGUUGGUGUCGUCAUGGCUUUCAUGAUGAAGAAGAAACGGUAUAAGUUUGAGGUACAGUGCUGUUUGGAGGAGUUGACUGAGGUGCCUUUCGUUUCUGCCGUUUUAUUUGCCAAAGUGAGGCUGCUCGACGGCGGGAAUUUCCAGGAGCAUUCCAGCAGAGAGGAGGUGCGCAACCACGCCGUCCGGUGGAACGCUCAGUUCACGUUCAUGUGCAAGAUGUGCGCCAACGCCAGCACCGGAGUCUUGGAGCCGGCGCUGCUCAGGGUCUCCGUCAGAAAAGAGUGCAAAGGAGGUAGAUCGUAUCAGAAGCUGGGCUUCUGCGACUUGAACUUGGCGGAGCUGGCGGGCGCCGGGGAGACGACGAGGCGGUGCCUGCUCGAGGGCUACGACAACAGGACGAGGCAGGACAACUCGGUGCUCAGGCUGAGGAUCAAAAUGAACAUGAUCUCGGGCGAUCCCUUGUUUAAAGUGCCAGAAAGGAAGCAGGAGGUGGCGGACAGCAAGGGCGGCGGCGACAGCGGGUCGGAGAGCGCGGCGGGCGGCGCCCCGGACGACGACUGCGCCUCCUCCACCGCCAGCUCGGGCUUCGGCUCGCUCACCAAGAAGAAGAACUUUGACGGUGGAGUCUCGCAGUCCCUAACGCUAGUACCCUCGUGUGAACUCCCCACGCCGGACUCUGACGAGUCACCUCUUGCCACCUCCAUACCUGACCAUCCUGCCUUAACGAUAAGCGCGUGCACGACGGUACCGGCGCCGUCCUCCUGCGCCUCCUGCCUCCAGCACCAGCACACGCACUCCAGGAACUCGUCCAACACCUCGGGGGACAUGAGCAGCAAGGCGUCAGGGUACGGCAGCUCGUCGGCCGCCUCCGCACACUCGCGGCAGAGCUCCGAGGGGGACUCCGCGGGGGACGCCAGGCCGCACCACAACAGUAUUCGGUUAGAGCGCACAACCACUACCACAACAACCCUGUACGUCCCCUCCCAGACUUGCAAGCACACGGGCAGGGCGCUCUCCAAGCUCUUGCUCGAGAAGACCGUCAUCAGCGAGACGUCGGACGUGUUCCUGACCCCCAACACGACCCUCACCGGCCCUCCCGAUGUGAUCCCCCGCCUCGCCUUGCAGUCCCCCUCCAGCGAGGAGUACAAGACUCCGGACUCGACUCUCAUAGAGAACGGACAUGAAAACUCGUUCGCGAUGCCGACCUACUUCGACAAGAAGAGGAAGGUGGCCGCGACCAUCAUCAGUGCCGCUGUCGAACCUCUCACCAACUUCCAGAUCUUCAAACAGAAAUCUCUGAACACGAUCCCGGCGCUGCUCGAGAAGAAUAAGAAAAACGAGGAGCUAUUCAACAAUUUCCCGUUCCUUACCCCCCUGGCGCACAGGAAGAACUCGCUCGUGUCCAACGCGAACCGACUGUCCGGCUGCAUAGAGGACGAGUUCUACUGCAUACCCUCCGAUCCGGAGGCGGACCCCGGCUCCGACAAAGUGGACAUCAGGAACAAGUUCAGAAGUCUCUCAAACCACGCCCUCAACGAAGAGGUGUUGACUUCCACGCCCAAAGCAGACGUGGUGGACGGAGUGAUGCACUGCCAGAGGAUGCCGUCCCUGCGACACAGCUACACCGGCGCCCUGAGGAACCCGUCGUCGGCGUCCGAGGGUGGGUCUCUGGAGCGCGGGGGCGCCGCCCUAGAGCGACGCAAGCGGGCCGCCGCGCUGCUCGCCAUGGCGCCGCCCGCCACCGACGACUCGCAGCACGUGGCCUCGUGUCGCGUCGAGAACACUCGCGUGAACCCGGACUCCCUGAUCGACGAGCUGCUAGCCGCCACCGACUUCCGAGGGGACCACGACGACGCCGCAGAGACGUCGGGCCUGCAGUUGUUCAUCGCACGCGACGGCACCGCCGAGCUGGGCACCCGCCAGCGCCAGCAGCAGCGCGCGCACUACCAGCGCGUCGUGCUGCAGCCCGCGGACCACAGGUAGCCAACGGUAUUUGAGGAGGGCGUCACCGAGGAAGGUCUCGUGACGCGGCGUGACGCGACGUGACGUGGCGUGACGUGACGCGACGUGACGCGCCCCCUCUGCGUGUGCCACCUGCUCGCGUGCGCUGCCGGCACCGAGUGAACACUUCCAUAUUUAAUUAUGCGACGAAAGCAACAAGAGACAUCAUUUUAUUGCAAUACAAUUUGUAAAAUAACAACAAUAAAAUAUGUUUCAAAUGUAUUAAUCUACUGCGGACUAUGUUUCAAUGUUUAGAUAUUGUUGUUCAUGCUCUGUGGCGGCGGUGCGGGCCCGGCCCACUUCGGCCGCGUUGUGCCGCGUAGUGCCGCGUACAGCGCGACGCGUGCUAAUUGUUAAUUUAAAUUAAACCAGUUAAAUAUUAUGCUUAUAUUAAUUUAUUGUGUAUAGUUGCGCGGCGGGCGCGGCGUGACGUCACGCGCGUGCCAUACAUGUUGUUUGUUUUCAUUUUGUAUCUAAGGGCGGGCGCACGUUGUGUCCCGCGCGGACGAGCCACCGCUGUCCCGUGUGUGCCACUGUGCCGACCGGGGGUUGCGAUUGUAAGGGGAGCCGCACGACGAUUUAAUGUUCCUAUGUAAUGACUAGCCACGGCGCUUCCUCCACUUAUCUAAGUUCGUGCUGUUCACCAAUACUUACCUCAGAUAUUGUUCAGAGGAAUCGAGUUAGAAGACAUUAUCGAGUAAUGUCCAUCUAAACAAUUUCGUCUGUACUACGUUCGACGUGACGGAGCAGUCGGUCCUGGGCGCUCCCCCCUCCCCACGAGGGGGCCGAGGGGCGGAGCGUCCCUGGUGCGGAUUGAGCUGUCAAAUAUUUAGUUGUGACAUCGUGGUGCGGCCCGCGGGCGCCGGCGCUGUUCCGGGUCGACACGUCGGUGUCAGCUGUGAUUCAAACGUUAUGAUUAGUGCUGUAUUGUGACUUUAUAUUGUAGGUUACGUUUUUGUAUUUUGUUAAACAUUACAUGGUCGUUGACCCGGAACAGCGCCGCGGUAAUGUAGCGGGGGGCGGGGGGACAUGUUGUCCGGAAGUCUGUACAGUAUUGAAUAAAGGACGCGUUUAGAAUUCGA